AUGCAAAUCUUCAUCCAGAUGCCGGCAGGCGGAACUGUCACACUGGAAGUGGAGGCCAGCGACACGAUCGAGAACGUGAAGGCAAAGAUAGAACUGGUGGAGGAUGAGCCGGCAUCCCACCCGAGGAUCAGAUCCUCGAGUUUGCUGGCAGCGUGCUGGAGGAUGGGCGCACCCUUGUCAGACUACAACAUCCAGAAGGAGUCCACCCUGAACCUGUCGCUUGUGGCUGCCUGCGCCGCAGCGAGUGGGCAGUGCAGCAUGCCCACGGCCGCGCCGCUGCCGCCCGAGGCCUGCGUGGCCGACGGCCUGGCCUGGAGCGGGAGCGUGAAGAGCUGCUGCAGCGGCUAUGCGUUUGGCGAAUGGUGCACGCACGGUUGCUUCUGCGCCCCCGGCAAGAACCCGGUCUGCCACCGUGACUUUGUGACCAACCCGCCCAAGAAUGCCAUCCUCGUCUCCUCCCCCCAACCCUUCUGCAAUGCUCUGGAGCUGGAGCUCUUGGCGCUCGGCACCCGCAAGAAGUGUGCCACCACCCGGGGGCGGCUGAUGGACUGCAUGCGCCAGCGCAUAGAUCCUCAGACGCCUAAGCACAUCUGCGACUUCCACCCCUCCCUGAGCGCCGCCGCCUGCGCGUGCCCCGCCAAGGCCAAGCUGUGCCCCCAGCUGCGCCGCCUCAGCACCGCCGCCUUUGGGCCCUACAUCCCCGAUGAGGUGGAGCGGCUGAUGGGGUGCGCGCCCCGCGCCAUGAGCGCCGCCGCAGCCGAGGGAGAGCCGCCCAGGAUUGCGUCGGGAGAUAUCUGCGCUGGGUACGCGCCACAGGUCAACUCCAUCAUGAAGCCGGUGCUUGCCAAGUUCUGGCCCGACGUCAGCGCACACAUCCCCGACCCGUUCAGGCGCGUGCCUGCCGCGGGGGAAGGCGGGGCGACGCUGAUUGACAGCACGGGGUCUUCGUUUGAGGACAUCGACAUUGGGCCCUACUGGAUGAGGGGCAAGAUGGGGCUGGACGAGCUCAAGGGCCUGAAGCGCAUCGUGCUGCCCACUUUGGAGAUCACGGAGGUGAUGCAGUGCGCCAACCUGAGCGCCAUCCAGACCCGCAUCAAGCUGUCCACCGAAACGACCGACCUGUCCAUCUGGGGCGGCCUGGGCCUCUACUUUCACUCCUCCUUCUGGCCCAACUUCAACACCGAGGCCUCCCUGAAGGUCACCUCCCGCAAGGCGCGGGUCACCAUGCUGGUGACCACCAACGCGGGCCUCAUUCCUUCCGCCACCGGGCUGCAGGCGGUCGCCGCCGUCACUUCCAUCGAUGAGCUGAAGCUGGAGCUGGGUGAUGUCGACUUUUCGGUCAACUUCCCAUUCCUCAUCGGCGGCCUCUUCUCAUGGGUGCUCGACUAUGCUGUGGCGGGGGCGCUCAAGACUGUGCGCUCCCUGUGGGUCACCAUGGACGAAUACCUGUCGGAACAGCUGCUGCAGCUCGUGUUCCGGCCCUCGCUUAUGAAGUACAUGCAGGCGGCGGUACAGGUGGUGUGA